UACUGUUUAAGAGAAAGGGACUUCUCCCUCCCUCUCUCUCUUUCACUGGCUCCCUCUCUCCGGCUGCAGCGCCAGCAGGCUCCCUGCCUCCGUGGAUCACUACUGCUGAGAGGGAAAAAAAAGAGAGAGAGAGAGAAAUGACACAACUUGCAUCUCUCUAGGGAAAACAAGACAGCACACAGAAAAAAGUCCCAAAAAGAAGCUUUGCAGAGAUUUGAAGUUUUUUUUUUUUAAUAUUUCACUGAAUGCCACAUAGUAGAUAAAGAAGAGCGCAUCAUUUCAGACACUAAGUUCUAAAACUCCAUCCAAAACAGAAAAGUACCUUCUUCUACACUACUCUUUACUGAAUCAAGCGUCAGACUGAGUGUGUCAUCAUGGGGAUGCGAGGCCUGCUUCUGGCCUAUGUCACUAUGGCCAUUCUGUUGGAUCUCUCCAUGGCUGGCCUGCUGAGGAAAGUGAUCAGGCACAGACGAGAAUCACUAACGCCAGCCAAAUCCGAGAACAUGACCUUACCUAAUCCAGAACAACCAGUGGUCUUCAACCAUGUAUACAACAUCAAUGUCCCAACUGGAUCCUUGUGUUCUGUGGACCUGGAUUCACCUGGAGGGUCGGAAAUGAAGCCCAAGUCUGUCCCCUCUGAGCAGCACAUUGAGCACACUGUGGAUGGAGAAAACCAGAUAGUCUUCACACACAGAAUUAAUAUACCCAAGCAGGCUUGUGGCUGUGAUAACCACAUGCCAGACCUUAAAGAUCUCCUAAACAGGCUGGAGAUGCUGGAGGCUGAAGUGUCUAGUCUGAGGGAGCAGUGUACCAGUGGAGCUGGCUGCUGUGGAGCUCAAGUUACAGGUGAGGUCACUACCAAGCCAUAUUGCAAUGGUCGUGGCAACUACAGUAUUGAAACCUGUAGCUGUGUGUGUGAGCCUGGCUGGAAAGGGCCCAACUGCUCUGAGACAGAAUGCCCUAGUUUCUGCCAAGAUCAAGGCCGCUGUGUGGAUGGGAAGUGCAUCUGUUUUGAGGGCUUUGGGGGAGAGGACUGUGGAAUUGUGCUGUGUCCUGUGGAUUGUGGUGAAUAUGGCCAGUGCAUCGAUGGGGCUUGCAUAUGUGCAGAAGGUUACAUGGGUGAGGACUGCUCCAUGACCAAUUGCUUAAACAACUGCCUGGGUAGGGGACGCUGUGUGGAUGGCGAGUGCUUGUGCAAUGAGCCAUGGACAGGCUUUGACUGCUCAGAGCUUAUAUGCCCCAAUGACUGCUUUGACCGUGGUCGUUGCAUCAAUGGGACCUGCUACUGUGAUGAGGGCUUCACUGGGGAGGACUGUGGUGAACUCACCUGCCCAGAUAAUUGUAACAAUAGAGGUCUCUGUGUUAAUGGUCAGUGCGUCUGCAAUUUCGGCUAUAGCGGAGAAGACUGCUCCAAACUUACAUGUCCAAAUGACUGCAGUGAGAGAGGCCACUGCUUCAAUGGGAGAUGUAUCUGUGAUCCUGGCUUCCAAGGUGAGGACUGUAGCAUCCUCUCCUGCCCUGACAAUUGCAAUGACAGGGGUAAAUGUGUAAAUGGGAAAUGUAUAUGUGAUCCUGGAUACCAAGGUGACGAUUGCUCUGAGCUCACCUGUCCCAAUGAUUGUCAUAACCAUGGACGCUGCAUUGAUGGAAAGUGCAUUUGCAAGCAAGGCUUUGCAGGAGAGGACUGUAGCAUCAAGACCUGCCCCAAUGACUGUCAUGACCGUGGUGAAUGUGUGGAUGGCAACUGUGUCUGCCAUGUUGGCUUCACAGGUGAAGACUGUAGUGAGUUGACAUGUCUUAACAACUGUCACAACCGAGGACACUGUGUGAAUGGUCAGUGUGUGUGCAACGAAGGAUUCACUGGGGAGGACUGCAGUGAAAAAACAUGUCCCAACAAGUGCCUGGAUCGUGGAUAUUGUGACAAUGGACAGUGUGUCUGCUAUGAGGGUUACACUGGUGUCGACUGCUCAGAGAUGACCUGCCCAGGAAACUGCAAUGACCAAGGCCGCUGCUUGAAUGGCAUGUGUAUCUGUGAUUUGGGAUUCACUGGGGAAGAUUGCUCUGAAAUCUCCCCACCAAGGGACCUGGUUGUGACUGAAGUCACCCCAGAGACAGUAGAUCUGACCUGGGUCAAUGAGGUACAGGUGACAGAGUAUCUAAUCACUUACAUGCCUACUGCUCCUGGUGGUCUGGAGUUAGAUAUGCGAGUACCUGGUGAAAAAAGGUCUGCCACUAUUAGGGAGCUGGAGCCUGGUGUUGAAUACUUAAUCAGUGUCUAUGCUGUUCUAAAUAACAAGAUGAGCAUUCCUGUGAGUGCCAGAGUGGCAACACAUCUUCCAAAGCCUGAAGGCCUUAAGUUUAAAGCCGUGAGAGAGACAUCAGUGGAAGUUCAGUGGGAUCCUCUUAAUGUCCCCUUUGAUGGUUGGAACCUCAUCUUCAGAAAUACAAAAGAGGAGAAUGGGGAGAUUUUGAAUCCAUUGACUCCACCCGAGACUAGCUUUGAACAAUCUGGCCUGGGCCCUGGCCAGGAGUAUGAGGUUAAACUUGAGGUGUUAAAGAACAACACCCGCGGACCUCCAGCAAGCAAGAAUGUGGUUACAAUGAUUGAUGCUCCUAGCCAGGUGGAUGUCCGGGAUGUAACAGACACUACAGCUCUGAUCACCUGGUUCCAGCCCAUAGCUCAGGUGGAUGGCAUCUCUGUGUCCUAUGGCCCAAACACUGGCUCCUCAGACAGCCACACAGUGGAACUGUCAUCAGUUGACACCCAGUACCACCUGGCUGAACUCUACCCAGACACAGAGUACAGUGUGUCUCUAAUGGCACACCGAGGGGAAAUGACCAGCGUGCCUGUCUAUGAGACCUUUACCACAGACCUAGAUGCACCUACGAACCUGCGGGCAAUAGAUCAGACAGAUGAGAGCAUCACACUGGAGUGGAGAAACAGCCAAGCCAAUGUUCCCAGCUACCGCAUCAAAUACGGACCACUGUCAGGAGGGGAACACGGGGAGCUUACCUUUCCUACAGGCCCACAGGACAUCACUCAAGCCAAGAUUUCAGGUCUCAGGCCUGGUAUAGAGUAUGGCAUGGGAGUGACCGCAAUCAAAGAUGAGAAGGAAAGUGCUCCUACCACCACCAAUGCUGUCACCGACCUUGAUGCUCCUAAGGAUCUGGAGGUGAGCGAGACCUCAGAAAGCACAAUCGUGCUGAUCUGGAGGAGACCUGUGGCUAAGAUCGAUGUCUACAGGCUCGUGUUCGUGGCCGCUGAUGGCCACAGGGCCGAGUUUGAAGUUCCGGACAGUGUCAGCACCUACAUGCUGAGGAACCUGAACCCUGGUAUGCUGUACACCAUCACCCUGACUGCAGAACGAGGGAGGAAGCAGAGCGUGCCAGCUAGCAUUCAGGCAUCUACAGACAAUGAAAAGCCCCUGGUGGGCAACAUCACCAUCUCUGCGGUAUCCUGGGCUGGCUUCAAUAUAUCCUGGGAGCUGAAGAGGGGCGAAUUUGAUGGCUUUCUGAUCGAGGUGGCUGACCCCGAUGGUCUCUCUGAGGGCCAGAACCACACUCUGUCAGGACAGGAGUACAGCUUGGCUAUCACUGAUCUCUCUCCUAGCACUUUCUACAGGAUCACUCUAUACGGCCUGUACAGGGGAGAUCUCUUAGAGCCAGUGUUUGGGGAGGCUUUCACAGAGGCAGAACCUGAGGUGGAGAAUCUUUUCGCCUCCAACAACAAGCCAGACGGUUUUAUGCUCCAGUGGACAGCUCCAGAAGGAAUCUUUGAAACGUUUACAAUCAAAAUCUCUGACGAAUCAGGCAAGCAAAGGCAGAUGAGUGUAUCGGGAGACAAGAGAACAGAAGUGAUCUCUGGCCUCGAUGAGGCUACAGAGUAUGAAAUUGAGCUCUAUGGGACAAUUGCAGGACGGAACUACAAGCCCAUUUCAGGGAAAGCUCUAACAGGUCUGGGCAAACCAAAGGGUAUUCAGUUCUCUGAUGUCACUGAUACCUCUGCCACCGUUCACUGGACUAUCCCCCAUUACCGCGUUGACAGUUACCAAGUCACCUACGUGCCCAUUCAUGGAGGCAGUCCCAUAACAGUCACAGUAGACGGAGGUGAGUCCCACACUGUUCUGCCCAACCUGACACCCGGGGUGACCUACAGAGUGACUGUCAUAUCAUUCAAGGGUCUGGAGGAGAGUGAGCCAGCCUCUGAUACAUUUACAACAGGUCUGGGCAAACCAAAAGGUAUUCGCUUCUCUGAUAUCACCGAUACCUCUGCCACUGUCCACUGGACUGUCCCCCAUUACCACAUCGACAGCUACCGAGUCACCUACGCACCUAUUCAUGAAGGCAGUCCCAUAACAGUCACAGUAGAUGGAGGUGAGUCCCAGACUGUGUUGCCCAACUUGACACCUGGGGUGACCUACCGAGUGAGCGUCAUAUCAUUGAAGGGUCUGGAGGAGAGUGAGCCAGCCUCUGAUACAUUUACUACAGGUCUGAGCAAAUUAAAGGGUAUUCGCUUCUCUGAUGUCACUGAUACCUCCACCACCGUUCACUGGACUGUCCCCCAUUACCACAUUGACAGCUACAGAGUCACCUACGUACCCAUUCAUGGAGGCAGUCCCAUAACAGUCACAGUAGACGGAGGUGAGUCCCAGACUGUGCUGCCCAACCUGACACCUGGGGUGACCUACAGAGUGAGCGUCAUAUCAGUGAAGGGUCUGGAGGAGAGUGAGCCAGCCUCUGAUACAUUUACAACAGGUCUGAGCAAACUAAAAGGUAUUCACUUCUCCGAUGUGACCGAUAUCUCUGCCACUGUUCACUGGACUGUCCCCCAUUACCACAUUGACAGCUACAGAGUCACCUACGUACCCAUUCAUGGAGGCAGUCCCAUAACAGUCACAGUAGAUGGAGGUGAGUCCCAGACUGUGUUGCCCAACUUGACACCUGGAGUGACCUACAGAGUGAGCGUCAUAUCAGUGAAGGGUCUGGAGGAGAGUGAGCCAGCCUCUGAUACAUUUACAACAGGUCUGAGCAAACUAAAGGGUAUUCGCUUCUCCGAUGUGACCGAUAUCUCUGCCACCGUUCACUGGACUGUCCCCCAUUACCACAUUGACAGCUACAGAGUCACCUACGUACCCAUUCAUGGAGGCAGUCCCAUAACAGUCACAGUAGACGGAGGUGAGUCCCAGACUGUGUUGCCCAACCUGACACCUGGGGUGACCUACCAAGUGAGUGUCAUAUCAGUGAAGGGUCUGGAGGAGAGUGAGCCAGCCUCUGAUACAUUUACAACAGGUCUGGGCAAACCAAAGGGUAUUCGCUUCUCUGAUGUCACUGAUACCUCUGCCACUGUCCACUGGGCUAUCCCUCGUUAUCGUGUUGACAGUUACCGAGUCACCUAUGUGCCAGUUCAUGGAGGAAGACCUAUGGCAAUCACAGUGGACGGAGGUGAGUCCCAGACUGUGCUACCCAACCUGACACCCGGGGUGACCUACCAAGUGAGCGUCAUAUCAGUGAAGGGUCUGAAGGAGAGUGAGCCAGCCUCUGAUACAGUUACAACAGCUUUGGACAAGCCUCAUGGUUUGGUGGCAGUCAAUAUCACGGAUACCACGGCACUGUUGCACUGGCAGCCUACCAUUGCCACGGUGGAUGGAUAUGUGAUCACCUACAGCACAGAAACAAUGCCCCCCAUAACAGAGCAAGUUUCUGGAAACACUGUGGAGUUUGAGAUGAGCUCGCUCUUCCCUGGCACUCAGUACACUGUUAAAGUCUACGCAGUGAGAGAAGCAGCCAAGAGUGCCGCCACAACCACACAGUUUACUACUGAUGUUGAUUCCCCUGAGGACCUGGAAGCCAGUAACAUCCAGACAGAGAGUGCCACACUGACAUGGAAGGCACCACAAGCACAAAUCACUGGCUACAUCCUCACCUACGAGUCUGCUGAUGGUACAGUCCGGGAGGUCGUCCUCAGCCCCACAUCCACGUCAUACAACAUGAAUCAGCUAAGCGCCUCCACUGAGUACACAGUGAGCCUGCAGGCCAUCUCCGGCCCCCUGCGGAGCCACAUCAUCUCCACUGUUUUUACCACCAUCGGAGUUCUCUAUAAACACCCGAAGGAUUGCUCCCAGGCUCUGCUGAAUGGAGACACCACCUCAGGCCUUUACACCAUUUACUUGCGUGGUGAUGAGAGCCAGCCCUUGCAGGUCUACUGUGACAUGACUACAGACGGAGGCGGCUGGAUUGUGUUUGUCAGGAGGCAGAGUGGUAAAGUGGACUUCUUCCGUAACUGGAGGAACUACACUGCAGGAUUUGGGGACAUGAAUGAUGAAUUCUGGCUUGGUCUCUCGAACCUGCAUAAGAUCACCUCCCUCGGUCAAUACGAGUUGCGAGUGGAUCUCAGAGAUAGCGGCGAGCAUGCAUACGCUCAGUACGACAAGUUCUCUGUGUCUGAGCCACGCAGUCGCUAUAAGGUGCACGUGGGAGGCUACAGCGGCACGGCAGGUGAUUCAAUGACGUACCACAACGGCCGUCCUUUCUCGACUUAUGACCACGAUAAUGACAUCGCUGUCACCAACUGUGCCCUCUCAUACAAGGGAGCUUUCUGGUAUAAGAACUGCCACCGGGUCAACAUCAUGGGACGAUAUGGGGACAACAGUCACAGCAAAGGUGUGAACUGGUUCCACUGGAAGGGACAUGAGCACUCCAUUGAGUUUGCCGAGAUGAAGAUCAGACCGUCCAACUUCAGAAACUUUGAGGGAAGAAGAAAACGAUCAUAAAAGAAUAAUUUACAAAAAACGCCCUCCUUUCUGCCAUUCUGCCCUUACUGCAUCAGUCCAACUUUUUCAGCUACCAAAGCAGAAUCUUAGCCGUAUCUCCCCCCUCUCUCUCCAUCUCUUUCUCUUCCUCAUUUAAUAACCCAGUUAUAACUGACAUCUAUGAGUCCUCGUUCCAGGCUAGAGCUCGCCAUUGAUCGCGUGCGGCGCCAGUAGCUUAAGUGCCGGUUCACAGCUUCAUUCACACACUGUCUAUAUAUUCACACACACACAUACACACACACACACACACACCAAAGACCACAAUCUCGAGUUGCUGUCUAAGAAAUCUUUCAGAAAGCACAUUAGUGGGAGGGGUGGCUCUGAAACGCUUUUCAAUUUACAAAAUUAAAAUAUCUGUUUCUGUACCCCAUCUGGCCACGGUAAUUCAAGUACGGUUUGCGUUCCAAGGGUAGAAUGUGUGUGUUUGUGUGUGUGUGUGUGUGUGUGUGUACUCUUUUUUAGUGUUUGGUGCCUCUUCACUGUUUUAAGCGCCUCACGUUUAAUUGUCAUCCAUCCAGUGGAGAAGCUGAAACCCAUUUUGUGAAUAUUAGCCCCAGUGUGACGCAUCAUUUUAUCCCUGUCUUUCAUUCCACCUUCAUUCCAGCAGACCAGACAGGAAGAACGUUGGCAUGUAGCACGUUUCGCUGCAACAGACAUACCACACACAAGUCUCAGUUUUCAGACCUACAGACACUGCUUACUCCAUCAUCGUCCAUGCACAGUGUGGUGUGUUUUUUAAAGCUUAUUGCAUGCUACAUUAAAAUGACUGGUGCUGAACCUGAUCAACUGAUGACCUGACGUUCAUUUCACACUGGUGAUUUUGCAGUGUACUGCCACUGGGACACACAACUACGUUUUUCAUUUGAUUUUAAGCAACCGUGUCUGCUCAGACGUAAGGCAGGACCUAUAUCAGUACGUCACUGAUGUAAGCAAGUUCACACAGGCAGAUUAUGAGUGAGUGAUGAUAAAGAAUGAGAGCCAUAAGGUUAAUGUUGUGCAGCAGAUAAAUACUUAAGAAAGGCCACUUUCAUUUUGUAAUCAACAUUGUACAUUUAUAUAAAAGCUAUUGUACACAAAAUGAAUUAAUAUACAGAGUGAGUCCUCGUGUCCCCCCCACCAUCCCUCCUUCCCUCCCCCUGACCCUCCUAUAGACUUUCCUGCUAUAGACUAAACCACUGACCCUAUAAAAUACCUGUGUAAAUUAAAGUCUCUUGUUUGGUAUUUGAAUAUGAUUUGUUUGUUCGUUUGUUCGUUCUUUUUUUUUUUUUUAAUUGGGUGAACAACAGGUGUUUCUCUGUAACCCAUAUUACAAUAAAAAGGGAUUUUGUUUUUAAAAAA